AUGCAAUGUCAUAAUUUUGAUCAAAUAAAGAGAAAAUCAAAUAAAAUGGUUUACAUUUGUGUGAAGAACAUUUCAAUGAUCAUCAAAUUAAGCUAUUUUCAAAACUAAGGGCAAGUAACCUGUGGCACAUUGUGUCAAGCCUAAUCAGUAGCCCUAUUCACAAUAAUCAGUAUUUUGGAAGCUUUUUUCUGUUUAGACAUUAGAGAACAUGUUGUAUAAUUUUAAUACAAAUACUACAAUAUUAGCAGUGUCACCUAGCGAGCUUAAUGACCUCAAACAUAUUAAUUUAAAAUAUACUUUUUAGUUUUUAUUAGUUAGUAUUUAUUUUAAUUCCUCCAAAUUGCAGGGUAUCUGCAUGGUUUUUAAGACCUUUUUUAAGAAAUGCACAAAUAAAACUAAUACCAUAUGGGCGUUGGGCCCUGAAUACACCAUAUAUUCAGCAUACGAAUCGAAAAGAAUAGUUCAGCAAAACUUAGUAGCGAGUGCGCAUGCGCAUCGAGUAAAGGUGAGAUUCUAACCGCAAAUAUGCUUGCAUUGGAGGAGACAAACAGAAGGCAGAUAAGGAGAUGAUCGACAAGCUUACAGCAAUAAUGACGCUUACUUCUUCUGUUCGUUUAGUAUUCUUAAUGUCUGUAGUCCUUCAACUUCUCCGACUAUUGUAGCUUUUCAAAGCAGAUCCUGCACAUUCCGCCGGUACUGCAGCACUCUGUCAUAGCAGCAACCGCUCGAGCCAGCAGCUGAUUCAAAGGGGACAGCAGAGAGGUGCACGACCGAGAAACGCACUUCACAAGCACGCAGAGAGCAUAGAAGACUUCUGAGCGUAUGUAUGCAUUGGCAUGGAUUCAGGAAGUCAUGUCAUGUGUUUUUUUCUUCUUUAGUGAAAAUGAAGAAAUGAGUUGCGAUUUAUCUGGAAGAAGAAUGGGAUGCAGGGAACUCCAUCGAGACUCCUCCCCCCGAGAAUGAAUGUGUGUGGGGGGGAGAUGAAGGGAUUCAUGAGACACAGAAUGAAGGACAGAGAAAAGACACUAUACAUUUGUGUUGCAUUUUGUUUGAGAGAGGGACAUCUCUGCUUGGAGCAAGCUGUGCCGCUUUCCUGUGGUUCUAUAGAGACUUAUGAGACAUAUGGACAGCAGGCACAUUUAUGAAGGAAUAGAACAGAUUUAUUGAAAAAUUGGCGAGGAAACAAUUUUAUUUUAAUCUAUACAGUGUUUCUGGUCUUCUACUGUUAUAUACAUAAAUAUAUAGCAGAUACAAUCAUCUAGUCAAUCAGUUAAUCUAUGUAUAAAUCAUCCUUUUGAUAAUUUCUGGCAUGGAAAAAAAUAGAAUGUCUUUACUGUCUGUCUUUACUGUCUAUAGAUCAGAACAUGUUUCCGCUAUUGCAGAGAUGCACAGGCCAGGUGCCAGACUUGGUAACUGAGUAUGUCAACUGUCUGUCAGGCUUGUCUUACAGAUUUACCAACAAAGCAAGGUUUUUCUAGCUGCCAAGGUCAUUUUAAAAUCUUAUUAGCUGACUCACAGUGGGCCUUGUUUGUUGGAGUCCAAUAUUACAGUUCUUUUGCUUUUUGGUAAUCAAAUGGACAACAUGGGGAACAUAUUUUAUUGUUGCCGCAAGGUGUCUGAGAUUAUUAACACCAAGGGAGUCAGGCGCCAGACUGAGGAGCAGUCUCUGCUGCUACUAUCCCUGGAAAGUAGUGAUAUAGAAAGUCUGUCUCCUUCAAGGUCUUCAACUGACCUGCUGGCCUCUCCUGUUCUGGACCAAGAUCAUCUCCUGUUCCCGGACAUCGUGCUUAGCAGCAACCUUCGGGUCAGAGGGGACUCAAUUCAGCCUUUGGAGCUCUUGUUCUCAACAAGUGGGCAAUCACAAGAUGCCAGAAGAGAUGAUGGAGUUGAUAAAAGCAAUCUGCGAAAUGGAGGAGAGAGGAAUAGAGAGCUGUUGGGCCCGCCAAGCACAAACAUUGCAUGCACAAAUCAAUUAUGCUCCAUAGAGGAUGAAUGGCCCCUUCUGUCAUCCCUAUACAAAAUACCUGCUGCUCAAAAUCGAAUAUGCACUCAUGGAUGUGGAGCAGACACUUGUACAUCUCUCCUCGGUCAUGGGACUGGACUAUUUGCAGAUAGUCAAACUUCAGUUUCUGGUCCAGUUAGCAUUCCUGUGCUUGCUGCAUCUUCUCUAGAUGCCUCACAAAGUGACGUUGACAUCAGUCAGAGAGAAGAUGGUUGGACUCAAACAGAGCAGUACAUCGAACACGAGAAACCUAAGGAGCAAUUUGGAGUAAUUGUGAUACACACAGAAGAUAAUCAGGAUGAGAAACUACUGAAUGAACAUUGUCCAAACAGUGCAGCACAAACACAUCUGGAGGCGAUGAAGAUGCAGCCUGCAUAUGGCAUUCCUACUGCAGAUCCUUUACUUCUAAAGAUGCAAAGGGAAGCACAAACUUUGGAACUCUUAGCACAACCGGAUGACUUUGAAGACCCAGAUGCACUGGAAAAACCAGACUCAGAGCAACAUCCACAGACUUCUGAGACACUAGAGAUGGAUAUUAUAACAAGACAGCAUGCUGAUGAGAAAGCUACUACAACUGCAGAGCUUCUUCUUUACAUGGAGAAGAAAAUAUCUCAUGUAGAGCAACCAGACAUUACAGAGAUUAGCUUUGGGCUGGUGGAGCAUGAGAUAGGGGAGAUGGAGCAAAGCCUGUCACAGAUGGACCAGGAUUUGAUAUGGAAAAAGACAGAAGUAGAACAGAUGCACUGGGACCUGGAAGCACUAAAGCAGAGCAAAGGAUUAUCACUGCGGGACUCUGAGCAGACAACCCUCGCUGUGACACAGGUAGAACAAAAAGAAGAUCAGACUGAACGCUUCAUGCUUUUUGUGAUUGAUAAACUGUUCCUGGCCACUCCGAACUUUACAGUACCCAGCCCUGACACCAUGACCAGUGGCCAUGUGCUAGACACCCCAGCAGACAGCAGGACAGAACAGGUUGAGGGUGACAGCAAAAAACAAGCGCUUCAAGCUGUUCCUGACAUGGACCCAGCUGAGGAUGCAGGGUUCACGGUGAAGAUCCAGGUUCCUGGAACAGAACCCACUGACUUCCAGGUGUCACCUUUAGCGAUGGUGCACGAAAUUAAGCAAGUGUUGAUGGACCAGGAGGAGACCAGUCGGCGUACCUGCUUCUCCCUGCAGCUGAAUGGAGUCACUCUUGACAACUUUACCCACCUUAGGUCCAUACCAGGUCUUCAGGAGGGCUCCGUUCUGCGGGUUGUGGAGGAGCCGUACACUGUUCGAGAAGUGCGUAUCCAUUUACGCCACGUCAGAGACCUUUUAAAGAGCCUAGACCUUACUGAUGGCUAUAAUGGAGUGGAGGGCAGCUCACCAUCAUUUCUCAGCUUUGUCACAGAAGAUCAUAUGGAAGAGAGCAGCAAACCUAAGCGAAGAGGUGACGGGUUAAAGCACAUCAGCUGCAGCCCUCCACAUCACAUUCUUCCAGGCUCUACGGAGCGUCUGCUGGUACCCCUGCAACCUCAUACAAAUUUUGGGAAGUCCUCAGAGUGCUUGAAGGUUCUGACCAUGAGUAGCUGGAAUCCUCCUCCUGGAAACAGAAAGAUGCAUGGAGACCUCAUGUAUCUCAAUGUGGUGACCAUGGAAGACAGACACUUCAGUAUAACAGCAUCAACUCGUGGGUUCUACAUAAAUCAGUCUACGACUUACAGCUUUAAUCCAAAGCCAGCCAAUCCUAGUGUCCUCAAUCAUGCUCUGCUGGAUCUCCUGAGUCAUAUCAGUCCAGUUUUUAAGAAGAACUUCAGUGCCUUGUUGAAAAGGAGAGGGUCCACACACCCCUUUGAAAGGAUUGCCACACCCUUCCAGGUGUUCAGCUGGACUGCUCCAGCACUUGACCAUACAAUGGACUGUGUUCGAGCAGAGGAUGUCAUUUCCUUCCGCCUGGGUUAUGAAGAACAUGUGCCUGUUCAGGCCCGGGACUGGAAUGAAGAACUUCAGACCACAAGAGAGCUUCCGAGAAAAAACGUGACUGAUCGUCUGAUGAGGGACAGAGCUGUUUUUAAGGCUAACAGUGAUUUUGUCAGCACUGCCACUCGAGGAGCCAUGGCAGUGGUGGAUGGUAACGUGAUGCCCAUCAACCCUAGUGAAGAACCACGACAGCAGAUGUUCAUCUGGAACAACAUUUUCUUCAGUUUAGGCUUUGAUGUGCGGGACCAAUACAGAGAUCUGGGAGGGGAGGCUGCGGCCCAUGCUGCCCCUGUUCUUGACCUGAAUGGAGUGAGGGCUUAUUGGGCAGUGGAUCAAGAAGGCCUCUAUCUGAUUGGCACUGUAGUGAUCGAUUACCGUGGCUACCGUGUCACUGCCCAAACUAUCGUGCCAGGAAUUCUUGACCGUGACCAAGCACAAAGUGUUGUCUAUGGCUCCACUGACUUUGGCAAGACGGUUAUGUCUGAUGACAGGUAUCUAGAGCUGCUUGACAAACCCAGUAAGAAGCUGAGAGUGCAGCGCCACCUAGUGCUAAACAAAGAUGAUACAGCAGUAGAGUUGUGCUCCUCUGUGGAGCAUAAGGGCAUUGUGGGUAAUGAUGGUCGGCACUACAUCCUGGAUCUACUUUUUACCUUCCCACCCGACCUCAACUUCCUUCCUGUGGAAGGAGAGGAUUUAAAUCCUGUGUGUCAACAACUUGGUUUCCCAAGGCUACAUCCUCAUCGCCUGGUCUGCCUGAGACAGGAACUUAUUGAUGCCUUUGUGGAGCACCGAUACCAAAUAUUUAUGGAAACUGUCUCUCAAAUUACUGAGCAUGACAGAGAAAUCAAAGAUGUCAGCAAAUCUGCACUGAAAGGUGUUCAAAGUACUACGCCUCAGCUUCCCUCAACUACUGUCACACUCCCAGGCCAGGAUGCAGAGCACCUUUCCCUUAAAACUGUGCCUGUGAAUAACACCCAGCAUAUCUUCUCCUCCCUCAGGAAUACUUUUGACAUAAAUUUCAACCCUAACGUCUUCUGUGCAGGUGUACGUUUCCCCAAGGAAAGUGCAGAAGAUAUCCAGAAACAGAAACAGCAGUUAAAGGAUGCUGCAAUCUUCCUCAUUUCCAAUCAAAUCCCUGCAUUUAUGAAGAGUUGCCUUGACCACACAUCAAUGCCUAUGGAUGGCGUCACACUAACAGAGGCUCUGCAUCAGCAGGGCAUUAACAUUCGCUACAUGGGUGCUAUGCUGGAGUAUAUUGAGAAGAUACCUCAGAAAGAAAGGCUUGAUCAUGUCUAUAGAAUUGCACUCUGUGAGCUGAUUACCAGAUGUGCAAAACAUCUAUUUAAGACAUAUCUUUUGGCAGUGGAACCAUCUGCUCUGUCAGCCUCCAUCAGCCAUUUCCUCAACUGCUUCCUGAGCUCUUUUGCUGAUGCUGGAGUCAUUCAGCAAAACGACAAGUUAGCUUCUAGGCGCAGGAGUCGGAGAAGGCGGAGUCGUGCGUGUGUGGGUGGCACCAUGACUGUCUGGUCCAACCUCACUCCGAGUGACCUUUGGGUGGCCAUCAAAACUGAGGCCCACGAGUACUACCAUUACAGCCUGCCCUGUGGAAGUGUGGAGGAGGCUGUGGACAAAUGCAGGCUUCAGAGAAUCACCCUGCUCAGAGAGAUUGCCAUCAAAACGGGCAUUCAGGUUCUUUUAAGAGAGUAUCACUUUGAUUCUGAGCACAAAACUGUAUUCACUGAAGAGGACAUCCUUAACAUUUUCCCCGUAGUAAAGCACAUCAGUCCUAGGGCUAACGAUGCUCUUUAUCUCCUGCGUUGUGGUCAGUCUGAGGUCCAGCAAGGUUGUCUGAAAGAGGGCUGUGAGUUAAUAAGCCAGGCUCUGGGUCUCUUCACUAAUGUCUAUGGGGCUCUGCAUCAGGAUGUCAGCGUAUGUCUGCGGCUAUUGGGACGCUUACACUACAUCCUCGGAGACUAUGCUGAGGCCCUCAGUCACCAGCAGAGGGCUGUGCUGAUCAGUGAAAGAGUUCUGGGAAUUGAGCAUCCCAACACUAUACAGGAAUAUAAGCACCUUGGUCUUUAUUGCUUUGUUGGGGGGCAGCCGGUGACAGCUCUGCGAUUAUUAUACCGUGCCCGAUACCUGAUGCUCCUGGUGUGUGGAGAGGAUCACCCUGAGAUGGUUUUACUGGAUAGUAAAAUAGGCCUUGUGCUUCAUAGUAUGAUGGCCUGUGAUCUUGCCCUGAAGUUCCUGGAGAAUGCCCUUGCCCUGACCUCCAAAUAUCAGGGACCCUCAUCUCUCAAACUGGCACAAAGUCAUCACUUAUUGGCAAAGGUGCAUGAAAGUAAAGGAGAUUUCCGUGCUGCGCUGAGGCAUGAAAAGGAGCGUUACGGCAUAUACAGGAAGCAGGUCGGAGAAGCACACGAGAAGACCCAAGAGAGUUCAGAGUACCUAAAGCAUCUGACACAUCAGGCAGUGAUUCUACAGAAAACUAUGAACUGGAUCUAUAAGACUGGCUCAGACACCAAUAUUUCUCCUCUCAAUCUGAACUCUCCAAGUCGUGUCUGGAUAGUGGAGCAGCUAAAUCUUGUCACUGGGAUUGUCCUUAUUCCUCUUAGUAACAGUGACCUUGAGAAACUCAGGACUGACACUCAAAACAUGUCAUCCCACACAAAAUACUGUUGAGUCAAUGGAGGAUCUGCAGGGGCCGUCUGAGGACCGUGACACAUUGCAAGCUAAAGAUGACUAACGUCUUGUAAUUUAAUUGUACUUUAAAUAAACGAACAGAUGAGCUCUUAAAUGAAAAAUGUUCUAGUUUAGGAUUAAACAUAUUAAUAUGAAACUAAAAAAGAAAAAGUGUAAAUGAACUCUCACUCAUGACCACACGGUGCAGCAGAUGAUCUUGCAAGGAAAUAUAGCAAUCCCUUUAAAAAGCAUGAGUGUAUCUGGCUGUUGAUUGUAACUAGGCAAAUUUGCACACUUGUAAACAGGACUGUCUGGUCAUUUAUGUCUUCCUUUGUACGUUGAUGUGUGCUGAUUGCACUGUAUAUCAUGUAUAAGAGCCACAGAGCAGUGACUAAAGAGGGCUAAUGCAUGCUUUUCAUACUUGAGUUUACACUAAGUUUAGCUUGAUUUCAAGGAAUGUAGGCCAAGAAAUGAUGAUUAUUGCAAUGUGAUAAAAUACUUUGUGAAAAGUGCUUCAAAUAAAGCAGUCGAAACUGGUCGUAAUUUUAGUAUUAUUUAUCUACUAUUAAUAAUUAUUAAUAUGUUUGAAUUAGUUUUUAUUUUUUAUAUUUUCAGGGAUAAUAAAUUAUACACAUUCAAACAACACUAUCAAGAUAAUGGAGAAGGGGAAACCCAAACUGAUCCAGUUUAUUUAACAAAAAUAAACUAUUUUUUUCCAGAUGUAGCCUAAUUUACCAUUUCUUCCAGCAAUAAUUUAACAGAGGGGAUUUUAGUGUUUUCCAAAACUUUAGUAUUCAUUUCUUUGCAAUAAUAAGCCCAUAAGACAACAACUGUUGAGAUUUUUGGAAUGAGCUGAGUUUAACUGAAGCACCAAAUAUCACCAUGAAUAAGUGGAUCAGGAUCUAACUCAACAUGUAACGUAUCAGACAGAAUUUGAAAUAUAUUUGUCCAAAAUGGGAUUAAAGAGCAUAACUAUGUAAGAGUGUGGCUUCCUCAGUCUGACAUUUAUCACAUAUUGGGGAAACAUCUGGAAAAAUUUGACGUAGUUUGUUUUAGCAUAAUGAAGUCGAUGAGUAAUCUUAAAAUUAAUAAGGCAGUGCCUGGAGUUAACAGAGCGUGUAUGAAUGUUUUCUAGUGCAAUGGUUCCCAAUCCUGGUCCUGGAGGCUCCCCAACACUGCACAUUUUGCAUGUCUCCUUUCUCUGACACACCCUUUUCAGGUCUUGGAGCAAAGCCACUGGAAGGCAAGCCUGCAACCUUUAGCCAAAAAAGCGUAACAGCUAAUGCUAACGCCCCGCCCCUGGCGGUACGCAGGGAAGGAGACCAGAGGCUGUUUUUUGAAUGGAUGUCAAUGGAUGAGAGGCUUCACUAUGGUGAUUAAACAGCUUUUGUGGGGAAAUAGCUAAUUAAUUGACAGCCUGUUUGCUAAUCUUCAGCAUGUUUUACACUAAACUAUACUUUCGUUGGGAACUAUAUGUAGAUUUUAGCUUGAUAAAAAUGUAUUUUUUUAAGAGAAGGCAGACUAGGGGAUGUUGCGUCUGAUAUCACUGCCAUUACACAAUAGGCUGAGAGGUGUCGCACGUGAUUAAGUUAGCCGUUACGGUUUCUCCAAUGGUAAGAGAUACAGACCCUCUUAUCUCCCCAUUAUAUACAAUCUCUGCUUGGAGUCUCUACUAAUGAGCUGAUGACCUGGAUCAGGUGUGUUUGGUUAAGGAGAGAUGCAAAAUGUGCAGUGUUGGGGUGCCUCCAGGACCAGGAUUGGGAACCACUUCUCUAGUGCAUUGACCCAGAGCUCAUCACUGAUCUCUUCCCCCUACUUCAUGCUCCCAUUGUAAUCUUAUACUCUGUGUAGAAGGUGAAGUUUUUGAUAAUUUCUAUUUUGCUCUUGAUAUUUUAGAGUGUCACUCCUUUAUUGCUGUGCGCUUUUCUUUGCACAGUGGCUGAUUUGUAGUUUGUAGCACCAAAAGAUUCCCUGAGUUUUCAUAUUUUUUUUUAGUUCCCAUUGAUUUCCUAUGACUAAAGGAGUUUGUGACAAUUGUGACUACUUCUUCUUGUUUUUUUGUUUUUUUUUUGUUUUUUUUGUUUUUGACCCUUUAACAUAUCUGAAUCAUUUCCAUGAUUUUUUUGUGUGUGUUCACAUAGCUAAUGCGACAAAAGUGUCAUCCCAUUCCGAUGAAGCAAAAAAUUUACAUUUUUCAAAACGUUUCUUAACAAAGAGGCCCAGAGGGUUAAAAAGGGAAGAGUAGAACAUCACAGCUCACUGUAUUGCUUCUGCAAGAACCUGUUGUAUAUGGGACCCGUUUGAGUGCUACCUGUCAAAUAGGUCCCAGUUUACUCAGACAGUUUUGUAUGUCUGAUGUAAUGACUUUGCAACAUGUAAUUUAGUUUUCAGGUGCAAACAUGGACAAUGCUCUUCUCCUUGACUCUCAUUUAAAGGUAGACUCUACUCAUAUAAUCACCUUGUUGAUCAAAAUGUGAAAGCUUUAACAGACUCUGAACGUACAUUAUUGCAUCUGGUUCUGUUCAAUGUUGAUGAUAUUUUUCCUUUGGUGAGGAUUCUCACAGAUUUUAAGGACUGUACAGAACUUUUUUUUUUAGAAACUGUUGAUUCUUAUAUGUCUGUGCAUGAUUUUGAUAAGAAAUUGUUUUAUAGGAUGUUCAUUAACAUUUUGAACAGAGAUAAAUAAAAUGGUAAAAUUGA